AUGGAACAAUAUAUAGAAGGACUUCGACAGAUAUUAGAUACCGGCGUUGACCGCGAGGGUAGAAACGCCGUAACCCGCGCACUAUUCGGCAUGCAAAUGCGAUUCAACAUGGAAGAUGGGUUUCCUGCUGUAACCACCAAAAAACUCGCAUUCCGGUCGGUAAAAGCGGAACUCUUAGGUUUUUUGCGCGGCUACGAUCAUAUCGAUCAGUUCCAAAAACUUGGCACACAGAUAUGGAACGCCAACGCUGAGGCAUGGGGACGUGAUGGUUACCUUGGACGCAUAUACGGUGUCCAAUGGCGAAGGUGGAAAACAGAAAAUGGCACGAUAGAUCAGUUAGGUGAUGUCAUCAAACAGAUCCAAACCAAUCCAUAUAGUCGUAGACACGUUGUUUCAGCAUGGAACGCUGGGGAAUUAGAUGAGAUGGCAUUGGAACCGUGCCAUGUGUUAUAUCAAUUCUUUGUAGCGGAUGGCAAAUUGUCGAUGCAGACGUAUCUGCGAAGUUGCGAUAUGUUUUUAGGUGUCCCGUUCAAUAUCGCAUCCUAUUCGCUCCUCCUGCACAUGGUCGCUCAGGUAACAGGGUUAACGCCGAGUGAGUUCGUUCUUACUUUAGGCGACGCGCACAUCUAUCGUGAACACUUUGAAGCCGUCCAAACCCAAUUGAAACGGAUCCCUUACCCACUCUCGCGCCUUGAACUGAAUCCGCAGAUUAAGUCAAUUGACGCUUUCAAGAUGCAACACAUUCAGUUGGUAGACUACCAACACCACGGGACUAUUCACGCCCCUAUGAUUGUUUAG